AUGGAAGAAGAAAGUGGAGGAAAAUGUGGUGAAAGUGGAGAAAAAGAGAAGAAAGUGGAGGAAAAUGUGGUGAAAGUAGAGAAAAAAUGUGGAGAAAGAGGUGCAAGUGGAAAUAAAGGUCAAGAAACAGGAAAAAGUGGAGAAAAAAGAAAAAAUGUGGAGAAAGAGGUGAAAGUGGAGAAAGAGGUGGUGAAAGUGGAGAAAAAAUGUGGAGAAAGAGGUGAAAGUGGAGAAAGAGGUGGUGAAAGUGGAGAUAAAGAGGUGAAAGUGGAGAAAGAGGUGGUGAAAGUGGAGAAAAAAUGUGGAGAAAGAGGUGCAAGUGGAGAUAAAGGUCAAGAAACAGGUAAAAGUGGAGAAAGAAGUGGGAAAAAAAGUGGAAAAGAGGUAAAAGUGGAGAAAGAGGUGGUGAAAGUGGAGAAAAAAUGUGGAAAAAGAGGUGAAAGUGGAGAAAGAGGUGGUGAAAGUGGAGAUAAAGAGGUGAAAGUGGAGAAAGAGGUGGUGAAAGUGGAGAAAAAAUGUGGAGAAAGAGGUGCAAGUGGAGAUAAAGGUCAAGAAACAGAGGUGAAAGUGGAGAAAGAGGUGGUGAAAGUGGAGAAAAAAUGUGGAGAAAGAGGUGAAAGUGGAGAAAGAGGUGGUGAAAGUGGAGAUAAAGAGAAAAAAGUGGAGGAAAAUGUGGUGAAAGUGGAGAAAAAAUGUGGAGAAAGAGGUGAAAGUGGAGAAAGAGGUGGUGAAAGAAGAGAAAGAGGUGGUGAAAGUAGAGAAAAAAUGUGGAGAAAGAGGUGA